AUGGAGUUGAUGGUUAAUAAGUUUAUGGACUGGGAUUAUUAUUUCAGUCCUGUUACUGAAGGUAGAAUAUUGAUCAUAUGGAGAAAGAUAUUUGUCAAGGUUAUUGUUCUUGAGGAGACAAAUCAAUAUAUCCACUGUUAUGUUAAAAUGGCUGGUCAGAGACAUCCAUUUAGUGCUACAUUUAUUUAUGGGCUCAAUACUAUGGAGGAACAGAAGAUUUUAUGGCAAAGAUUACCUAAGCUUUCUCUUCCAGCCACUUCUUGGGUUAUCUUGGGAGAUUUUAAUACAUUAUUUACUGCUAAGGAUAUAAAUGGAGGUAAACCUGUGUCCAAAUCAGAAUUGUUAGAUUCUUCUCAGUGGCUUGCUGGGAAUCAAAUGGAUUCACUUAAAAGUACUGGUUCUUUCUUUACUUGGACAAAUAAUCAAGAUGGGUCAGCUCGUAUAUACUCUAAAAUAGACCAUGUCUUUGCUAACGAGGAUUGGCUGGACUUUUUUCCUAAUACAACAGCUAUUUUUAGUUGGGAAAUGGUUUCAGAUCAUUGCUCUUGUACUAUUUCUAUUCUGGCCAUGGAAAAUUUGGGAGUUAAGUUGUUUCGAUUUUAUAACUUUUGGACUGAUCAUAAUGAUUUUAAAGAGGUGGCUUUGACUAGUUGGAGGAAGCCAAUUAAUGGGACUUGUUUGAAGGCUAUCUAUCUAAAGACAAUGCGGCUGAAACAUAAGUUGAAGAGAUUUAAUAGGGACCAUAUUGGAGACAUAGGAGUGCAAUUUCAGAUGGCAAAAGAUCAAUACCAGGCAGCUCUAUUCCACGUGCGGCAACAUCCCCGAGACCUUACUCUUCAAGAAAAAGCCAAGGCUGCUGCUGAAGCUUUCACAACUCAGGAGAAAAUGUAUCAUAGCUUCUUGGCUCAAAGAAGCAAACUUACUUGGUUAAGGAAGGGUGACAUGAAUACUGCUUAUUUUCAUGCUUGUUUAAAAAAACGCAAGGAAGAGAAUAGAAUAGCUACUUACAUAACUGAACAAGGUAGGGUGGUUGAUAACUUUCCUGAAGUGGUUUCUCAUUUUCUAGAUCACUUUAGAAGUUUUAUGGGUAGUCCUAGUUCAGCUACUAAGAAGAUAAAUCUGCAUUGUGUGGAGAUGGGAUCCAAACUUUCAAUUGACCAGUAG